AGCUUUUGUCAAUGUUUGUGAAAAAAAUCAAUUUUUUUAAACAUUCCUGAUUUUUUUUCGAUUUUAUAGUUCACUGAGCUCAUUUGAGCUCAGGAGCAGAAGGACACACUUCACCGGGAGGCAGAAUAUGACGACGCAUGCACCACAGCACCAGUGGAGGGAGAGUAAACAAACCGCUGUGAACCCAAUCCACCCGGUGGCAAAGUGAUCAACAAGUCAACGGAAGGAUCCCCAGAUGGCCAGAUCGCAAGCCCGGGAAAUUGUCUCGGCGAGAUGAGCGAGCUCCCGAACAUCCCGCAGGCGCCCGCGCCGCGGCCGCUCUUGGCCGCGGCGGCCACCUCCAUCCCAGCCGAGGCUCCCUGGACCUGGAAGGAAGCCAUCCCCGAUGAGGCCGAGCUCCGCAAACUCGGCGGAGACGUUGUUGCCGACGAGCCCUGCCACCUAGGCCACGCCGAAUCACUGUUGUGGAAAAGGAGCCUCGGAGAAAGGAUAGUGGCACUACAACAGCUAGUUUCUCCAUUCGGGAAGGUAAUGCAAUGAAAAGGGGCGCAAAAUGUGGAAAAGCCUUUGGUUUUUCUGAUAAAUCCUUUGUUUAUUGCGGGUCUUUGCUGUAUGUACUUGCAUUGCCUUCCAUUCUGUUGCAACAUCUAAAGUUAAGCGCGAUAAAUCUGAACCAACUAUUUCGACCUUAA